CCUCGCGGCUCAUGUGAUCGGGGACAAAAACAGGAACAAAAUGGCUGCAACUGGAGACGACGCUGCAGCUAUGGACAGCAUCUCCAGGGCACCGGCGGCCCAUUUGGCGGCUCUGAGCACGGCUGCAAGCGCCAGUGGUCCCGCAGAGGGCCCGGAGGAUGAGGCGGAAAGUCUGACGGCCGCUUCCAGGAGACCCGGCACGAACAGUGAUGGUGGUGUGGAGACAGCAGAGGAGGCUGUGGAGCCUGCAGAGCCCGACAUCAACGAGUUGUGCACUGAUAUGUUUGAAAAGAUGGCCAUCUUCCUGCAAGGAGAACUAACAGCCACUUGUGAAGAUUACCGUCUACUGGAGAACAUGAACAAGCUUACUAGUCUGAAAUACAUGGAAAUGAAGGACAUCAGUAUCAACAUCAGCCGCAACCUGCAGGAUCUUAACAAUAAGUAUGCUAGUCUACAGCCCUACUUGGACCAAAUAAAUCAGAUUGAGGAGCAAGUAGGAGCACUUGAACAAGCUGCUUACAAACUGGACGCAUAUUCCAAAAAACUGGAAGCCAGAUUCAAAAAACUGGAGAAGCGAUGAGUGGGCAGAGGAGACAGAUUGAGAGUUAUGGUGUCUUCUCACCGUCUUUCACCCUGCUUUGCUGUCUGCUCUCCCUGCCAGCGGAGCCAGGAGCUGUGGGGAGGAUGUGAACUGAGACUGAAACAACAAGCAGCCAGAGCCACUUUGACACCAAGAAAUGAGCGAGGAGGAAGCAGCUGAAUGCACAUGAAUUAAGACUCAAGUGUUUGGCCCAGAUUUAACUCCUGUAUCACUGAUUUUUGGCAGCAGUCAUGCAGCCGAAGUGUAUGCCCGCAUCCUUUUGCAGAUAUAUUUUAUGUAGAAUAAAUCUGCCUAACACCAGCUUAUGGAAUUAAAAAAAACUAAUCGACUAAUAAGAAAAGGAACACUACUGAUUGGCAGGUACUAAAAUCAAUAUACAACAACACCUUUUGUUCUUUGUAGAUGAUGAAGCAUACUUAGAGAUGUUUUUAAUUGUGUCCCGAGGCCUCUAAAGUUCCACUUAGCAGUUGUAGCCUGAAAUAUCCACUGGAAUUUGUUGUUACACAUUUAUUUGCUGGGAAGUGUGAGCAGUGCCUGUUUAACUUAAUGAGUUUUAUCAAAGCUACUGUGCAGAGGGCAGAUGAUGACACCGUCUCCAAAGAGUGAGUUUUAAGUUUAAAAAGAAAGCCUGCAAACUUUAUAAAUACAUCAUGAAGUGUG